GAUCCUCCACAACCAUGAACGUCCUGGUCAUUGUUGGCGUCAUGGCCGCAUUCUGCUUGGCGGCCACAAGCGCUGCUCCUGCCCCAGAUGCCGAGCCUGGCCACUUUGGAGGCUUCAGUGGAGGUUUUGGAGGCUUCAGAGGAGGAUAUGGUGGCUUCAGGUACCGUGGGAAGAGGAGUGCUGAAGCUGACCCAGAGGCCGACGCUGAUCCUGAAGCUGAUCCCGGUCGCUUUGGUCAUGGUGGAUUUGGAAGUUUUGGAGGAGGCUUUGGAGGCUUCGGUGGAGGAUAUGGUGGAUACCGAGGAAAGAGGAACGCUGAAGCUGAUGCUGAGCCUGAAGCUGAUCCCGGUCGCUUUGGGCAUGGAGGAUUUGGAAGUUUUGGAGGAGGUUUUGGAGGCUUCGGUGGAGGAUAUGGUGGAUACCGUGGAAAGAGGAACGCUGAAGCUGAUGCUGAGCCUGAAGCAGAUCCCGGUCGCUUUGGCCAUGGAGGAUUUGGAAGUUUUGGAGGAGGCUUUGGAGGCUUCGGUGGAGGAUAUGGUGGAUACCGAGGAAGGAGGAAUGCUGAAGCUGAUGCUGAGCCUGAAGCUGAUCCCGGUCACUUUGGUCACGGAGGCUUUGGUGGUUUUGGAGGAAACUUUGGAGGCUUCGGGGGAGCAUAUGGUGGAUACCGAGGAAAGAGGAACGCUGAAGCUGAUCCCGGUCACUUUGGUCAUGGUGGCUUUGGUGGUUUUGGAGGCUUCCGACGCCCAUACCACGGUUAAAAGUCUGCUCCCCCACUCGCCGUCUUCUCUGACUAUGACUAUUGCUUCUUAUAUGUAAUUUUAUAAUUUUAAUAAAUAUACAGCAAAUAUGAAGUCUUAUGUCUCGCUCUAAUUUAACUAUGGAAAGUUGAUAAGAAAAACCUGAACAGUCCCUUCCUAAAGUCAAAAUGAAUGAUAUGGAGAAACAUGUACUUAGAAAUCCAGGAAAAAACCUGUGUCAGCCAUCAACCUCUCAUGUCAACUGUGUACAGUGGAUGAUGUCAGUGAAGCAAGGCUCCAGGAGCUAGAAAAACAGCUUAAUGUAACAAAGUUGGGCAAACUUGGACAUCAGUAACUGAGGCAACAAUGGAACUUCCUAGGCAGAGAAAAUCGUUUUGGCAUCUCUUUUAUUAUCAUGUAAAUGUUAAAGAGCGAUGAAAGACUCAUUAAAAGUAGAUCUAAACCAGAUUCCUAACUUUUUCAGGCUACCGUCCCGUUGGCUCCCAGGUCACAUACCUAGCGCCCCCCACACACAUUCCAACACACCUCUUUCUUGGUAUUAAGUUUACUG